UAGAUUACAAAGCUAUAUAUCUCACAUUCCAUAACUUUUAUUAAGUAUGUCGGAAGUGGAAACUAACCAAAAGGUUGCUGCUGAAGCUCCAGUGGAGACUUCUAGCACCACAGUGGCAGAUGAUGGACUUGAUCGUAAGACUAUUUUCGUCAGAUCCAUCCCAUUUGAUGCUACUUCUGAAGAAUUAUCUGAAUUUUUCUCUCAAUUUGUUCCGGUAAAGCACGCAGUCAUUGUCAAUGAUGAAAACCAAAAGUCCAGAGGAUUUGGGUUUGUUUCCUUUACCAUGGAUGAUGAUACUUUACUCGCUCUUGUUGAAGCACGUAAGUCCAAAUUUAAAGGUCGUAUGUUGAGAGUUGAUAUCGCCAAGAGAAGAGAACGUAAGGAUACUAGAGGUGCUGGAAAUGCCGCUACAUCCGCCCCUGCAUUCAAGAGAGAACAAGAAGCUCCUGUAGAAAAGAGAAGAGCUCGUUUGAUUGUCAGAAAUUUGCCAUGGUCAUGUAAAAAGCCAGAUGUAUUGAAGAAGCUCUUCAGUAGAUAUGGUGCCGUUUUCGACGCCUAUAUUCCUAAGAAGAAGGGUGGACAAAUGUGUGGGUUUGCCUUUGUAACCAUGAAGAAAGACUCCGCCGCUAAGAAGGCUGUUGAAGAAUCUGUUGGUUUAAAGAUUGACGGUAGAGAAGUUGCCGUUGAUUUGGCCAUUGAAAAAUCCAAGUGGGAAGAAAUAAAGGAAGAUGAAGUAGAAGAAGCCGAGGAAGAAGUGGAAGAAGAAGAAGAAGAUUUGACCAAGGCAGGUGAGAAUGACGACGAGGAAGAAAACGACUCUGAUAACGAGGAAGACAAUGCCGAAUUUGACAACUUGAACGAAAUAGAUCCAGAUGCUGAAGUUGAUGACGAUGUAGAAUUAAAGAUUGAAGAGGAAGAAGAAGAAAAGGUAUCAAGACCAAAGGCUAACAGACAAGAAGCUUACUCUGUAUUUGUCCGUAAUAUCCCUUACGAUGCCACUGCUGAAUCCUUGAAGGAGCACUUUGAAAGAUUUGGGGAUGUCAAGUAUGCUCUUCCAGUUAUUGACAAGGAAUCCGGUUUGGCUAAGGGUUCUGCCUUUGUAGCUUUCACAAAAGAAGAGAGCUAUGCCGACUGUCUUGACAAUGCCCCAACUGCUGCCGCCACCUCUAUGUUGAUUGCUGAUGAUGUUUCUCCUUCAUACGUUUAUGAAGGACGUAUUUUGUCGAUCACAUCUGCCGUUGACAGAGACUCUGCAUCUAGACUUGCUGAAAAGAACUCCGAGAAACGUAAGGAAGCUUUAGGUAAAGCUCCAGGUGAAAGAGAUAAGCGUAACUUGUUCUUGUUAAACGAAGGUAGAAUUACUGAAAAUUCGAAGUUGGCCCAAUUUAUCUCUAGAACUGAUUUAGAAUUGAGAGAAAAAUCCUACAAAUUACGUGUUCAACAAUUGAACAAGAAUCCAACUUUGCACUUGUCAUUGACCAGAUUGGCUAUUAGAAACCUUCCAAGAGCCAUGAACGCCAAGGCUUUGAAGGCGCUUGGUCGUAAGGCUGUGGUUCAAUUUGCCACCGAAGUUAAGGAAGAAAAGAGACUGGGAUUGUCUAAAGAAGAAGUAACUCGUAGUGUUAAGCAUAAACAUGACACAGGUGAAUUUCAAAAGGCCGAUCCAGAUGCGAAGAGGAAGACAAAGCUUACUGGUGUGGUGAAACAAGCCAAGGUUAUUAUGGAAGUUAAGGGUUCCGGUGAACAAGGGCGUAGUAGAGGUUAUGGUUUCAUUGAAUUCAGAGAUCACAAGACCGCAUUGAUGGGUUUGAGAUGGUUGAAUGCUCAUGAAGUUAUAAUUCCAGAAAUUUUGGAAGGUUUGACGGAUGAAGAAAAGAAGAUGGCUGAAUUGGAAGGUCUUUCCAAGAGAAAGUUGAUUGCUGAAUUUGCCAUUGAAAACGCUCAAGUUAUGAAGAGAAGAAGAGAUAAGGUUUUCCAAUCUCGUCUGGGAAGUGGCGAUAAAAAGGAUGAAAAUGACUCUUCUAAAAAGAGAAGAAGAGAUGACAAGGAAGGUCCAUCAGGUACCGGAAAUGGAAAGAAGGCCAGAAAGGGAAGUCAGAAGAAGGGUAAUAUGAACAAGGGUAACAUGAACAAGGGCGGUGAGGCCGCUACCGCUGCUCCUAAUAACUCAGGAAUGUCUGAAGACAUGAAGAAGCUUAUCGGAAUGAAGCGUAUGAGAAGAAAGGGUAAGAAAUAGUAGCAUAGCAUGUACCAUAUAGAGCAU